AUGGGUGGAACUCGCGCAGAGAAGGAGGUCUACUUUGAGAAGCUCAAGGCUCUCAUCGGCCAGUACCCCUCUAUCUUCCUCGUCAACAUUGACAACGUCUCGUCGCAGCAGCUGCACAUGAUCCGUCAGACGCUCCGAGGCAAGGGUGUUGUCCUCAUGGGCAAGAACACCAUGGUCCGCCGUGCCCUCCGGGUCAUCCUUCCCGAAUUCCCCCAAUUCGAGAAGCUCAUGCCCCACGUCCGCGGAAACAUCGGGUUCGUCUUCACCUCGUCGGACCUCAAGGACAUUCGGGAGAUCAUCGUGUCCAACAAGGUCGCCGCUCCCGCUCGUGCCGGUGCCGUUGCCCCCAACGACGUUUACGUCCCGGGUGGUAACACCGGUAUGGAGCCCGGAAAGACAUCCUUCUUCCAGGCUCUUGGUAUCCCUACCAAGAUUGCCCGUGGUACCAUCGAAAUCGUCGGAGACGUCCAGGUCGUCAAGGCCGGGACCAAGGUCGGUACUUCGGAGGCCACCCUGCUCAACAUGCUCAACAUCUCCCCGUUCACCUACGGUAUGACUGUUGUCCAGGUCUACGACAACGGUGCCGUCUUCCCCCCAGAGAUCCUCGACAUUGAGGAGAAGACCCUCCUUGACGGCUUCAUGUCGGGUGUCAAGACCAUCGCUGCCAUCUCGCUCGCGAUCAACUUCCCCACCAUCGCCUCGGUCACCCACUCCCUUGUCAACUCGUACAAGAACCUCCUCGCCGUGUCGCUCGCGACCGACUACGAGUUUGAGGGUUCCGCUAAGCUCAAGGAGUACCUUGCCAACCCGGACGCGUUCGCCGCUGCCGCCCCCGCUGCUGAGGAGUCCGCCCCGGCCGCUGGAGGUGACGCCCCCGCCGCUGCCAAGGAGGAGGAGGAGAAGGAGGAGUCUGACGACGACAUGGGCUUCGGUCUCUUCGACUAA